AAAUAGGUACACAUAAAGAGCUACAAAAUAUUUAAAUUGAUAAUAUGUUUUGUUAACGAUAAGCGUUAUCACUUUGCAAAUUUCGUAUGAGGAAAUAAGUGACGAAUUAAAAACUAUUAUUUUUAACCCAUUCAAGUUGCUUGUUUACCAAAAAUGAAUAGUUCGGUGUUAGCGAGGUCAAAAUUGGUGACUAAAGGUCAUGGAGCCUUUGGAUUGACAAAUAUCAUCUUAAACAAAUUCCAGUUACAAGCCCGUCACAAUAGUACCGCGGCUACACCAGAGUUGAAAGCUUCAUAUGGUAACCUUUCAGAUUCUGACAGGAUUUUCACAAAUCUUUAUGGACGACAUGAUUGGCAGCUGAAAGGCGCACUUAAGCGCGGCGAUUGGUAUAAAACCAAAGAAAUCUUAGAUAGAGGUAUGGAUUACAUAAUAAGUGAAAUGAAAACUUCCGGUUUGAGAGGACGUGGAGGUGCUGGCUUUCCUACCGGAAUGAAAUGGAGUUUUAUGAAUAAACCUUCAGACGGUCGCCCAAAAUAUUUAGUCGUCAACGCUGAUGAAGGUGAACCCGGUACAUGUAAGGAUAGAGAAAUUAUGAGACACGAUCCACACAAGCUGAUUGAAGGGUGUUUGAUUGCUGGACGAGCUAUGGGAGCUUGUGCUGCUUACAUUUAUAUCCGUGGAGAGUUUUACAACGAAGCCUCAAAUUUACAACAAGCUAUUUGUGAAGCAUACCAAGCUGGUUUAAUAGGUAAAAAUGCAUGCAAUUCUGGCUUUGAUUUUGACGUUUUUGUUCAUAGAGGAGCUGGUGCAUACAUUUGUGGUGAAGAAACGGCUUUGAUUGAAUCCCUCGAGGGAAAACAAGGCAAACCUAGGUUGAAGCCUCCUUUCCCGGCUGAUGUUGGUGUUUUCGGAUGUCCGACUACAGUGUCAAACGUGGAAACUGUUGCUGUGGCUCCUACAAUUUGUCGUCGCGGUGGUAACUGGUUUUUGGGACUGGGUAGACCCAGGAAUUCUGGAACAAAGUUGUUCAAUAUAUCUGGACAUGUUAAUACACCAUGUACUGUCGAAGAAGAAAUGUCUAUUCCGUUGAAAGAGCUGAUAGAACGCCAUGCCGGUGGCGUCGUUGGCGGAUGGGAUAAUUUAUUGGCCGUAAUUCCCGGUGGGUCGUCCACACCACUCAUACCAAAACAUGUAUGCGAUACUGCUAUAAUGGAUUUUGACGGAUUAGUAGCUGCACAAACAAGUUUGGGAACAGCAGCGGUAAUAGUAAUGAACAAACAAACCGACGUCGUACGAGCCAUUGCUCGUCUAAUUAUGUUUUACAAACACGAAUCCUGUGGCCAGUGUACACCGUGUCGCGAAGGCAUCAAUUGGAUGAAUAAAAUAAUGUACAGGUUUAUUGACGGACAAGCGCAAUCUUCAGAAAUUGACAUGUUGUGGGAGAUCAGCAAGCAAAUCGAAGGCCACACAAUUUGUGCUUUGGGAGAUGGUGCCGCGUGGCCAGUACAAGGAUUAAUACGGCAUUUCCGACCAGAGUUGGAGAGUAGGAUGAAAAAAUUCCAAGAGCAGAAUGAAAAGCAAGCUAUAUCAAAUUAAUAGCUGUUUCUAUAGUAUUUAUUUGAAGUUUUUGCUUUUAUAUCCAAAAAGGAAACAUAUUUCAAAUCAAAUUUGUUUUAUUCAAACACUUUUAGUAAUAAAAUUACCGUUGUUUAUAUAAGCAUAUACGGGAAAACAAUAAAUUGUUAAUUCAACAAGACCUGUAUCACAAUCGAAAGUUAACAUUUUUUUUUUUAUAUCACUUUGAAAACCAGUUUGUAAACACAAAAACAUUGUAUAGUUGUAGCUAUAAUAAUUAGUUUAUAAUAAAUACUUCGCAAUAUGUAUUAAUGUACCUACAUAUAGGCUAUAAUAUACGUCAUGUACUUUUAUUCAUUUCUAGUUAUCAUGAAUACAUGUAGGUAGGUGAUAUACCUACUAUGUGUAUAAUAACAUUACCGUAAACUUGUCCACUUGUUUGUAUUUUAUCUGUUUUAUUCGUUUUGAUAUCUACCACAAAUGUAAAUGUAUUAAAAAGUUUUUGAAGGUUUUACAUUAUUAUAUAAAUUCAAAACAGUUUACAUUUAAUAAACUUUGUUGAUAGAUGAUACAUUGAGUAACUAAUAAUACAUUUUUUUUUUUUUGGUAUAAAAAUGUUGAUCAAAAAUAGGAAAUGUAAACAACAGUUACAGGCAGUUUUUUGAAAAAUCUUAAUUUAAAGGAUAAGUGUGUAAUUAUUAGUUCAUCAAUAAUUAGCCUUUUUUUUU